AUCUUUCACCUCGUUUAAACCCCCAGGUUUACUUGCCCGGCUCCACUGCCACCGCCCCGCAUCUCGUGCUCCCCGCCCUCCAGCCCAGCAGCCAUGGCGUCGCCGGCCGCGGCCGCCUCCAGCCACCUCCACCUCCUCCUCAUCGCGCUUCUCUUCCUCCCGUUCGCCGCGGCCGCCGCGCCGCACAGGCACCGCGUCCCGUCCCGCCACCUCGCCUCGCUCAACGCGUCGGCGCCACCAACCACCUUCUUCGAGGUGGACCGCCCGAUCCGCCCGCCGCUCGGCAGCGUCGGGCCCUGCUCCGCGCUGCUCCUGUCCCACUCCUUCGGCGAGACCUACGGCCGCCCCCCGGUCACCGCCGCCUACGCGCCGCCCGAGUGCCUCGCCGCCGCGCGCGCCAGGGGCGCGUCGCUCGCACUCGCGGUGCUCGAGUGGACCGCCGACUGCCGCGGCCGCCAGUUCGACCGCAUCUUCGGCGUCUGGCUCUCGGGCGCCGAGAUCCUCCGCAGCUGCACCGCCGAGCCGCGCGCCACCGGCAUUGUCUGGUCCGUCUCCCGCGACGUCACCAGGUACGCGGCCCUCCUCGCGGAGCCCGGCGAGGUCGCGGUGUACCUUGGCAAUCUCGUCGACAAGACCUACACGGGCGUCUACCACGUCAACCUCACGCUCCACCUCUACUUCCGCCCUGCGCCGCCGCCGCUCACGCAGCACGCCGAUCUGAUUGUGCCCAUCUCGAGAAGCUUGCCUCUGAACGACGGGCAGUGGUUCGCCGUCCAGAAUGCCACCGACGUGCAGUCCAAGAGCCUCUCCAUUCCAUCGAACACCUACCGGGCGGUCCUUGAGGUGUUCGUUUCGUUCCACUCCAGCGAUGAGUUCUGGUACACGAACCCUCCCAACGAGUACAUUGAGGCCAACAAUUUGUCCAGCGUUCCUGGCAAUGGUGCUUUUCGGGAGGUUAUUGUUAAAGUCGAUGACCAUGUGGUCGGUGCUGUUUGGCCGUUCACUGUCAUCUACACCGGCGGCGUCAACCCGCUUCUCUGGCGGCCAAUCACCGGCAUUGGCUCAUUCAAUCUACCUACCUAUGACAUUGAUAUCACGCCAUUCUUGGGCAAGCUCCUGGACGGCAAGGAGCACGAUUUUGGGUUUGCUGUCACCAAUGCAUUGGAUGUGUGGUACAUUGAUGCCAAUUUACAUCUGUGGCUGGAUCACAAGAGCAAGAAAACAGUCGGGAGCUUGAUCGGCUAUGAUGCACCCGCAUUGGCACUGAAUUUGGACUCUGGGUUCAGUGGGCUGGAUGGUAAGUUCGUCACGGGCGCAAGCCGGCAUGUCUCCGCGACCGGGUCGGUGAAAUCAUCAUACGGGGAGGUGACCACAACUUUCUACCAGAGAUUCAGCUAUGUUAACAGCAAUGUGUAUACCAACAAUGGCACUGUCCAAGUGGUGAACCAAACGAUUGAUGCAAAGUCUGGUGUUUUUGUCAAGGAUACUUCUGCUGUUCUUCUCUCGGAGGAAGUUCACAAGGUGUUUCCGCUGUAUGUCUACACUGGAACAUCAGACCAGGUGGGCGACGAGUACUCACUGAUUUCACUUGUCAAAUUGGGCAUCAACGAGAAGAGUGUCUUAGGUGGGAAGUUGGGGUUCUCGUACCGCUCUCUGCGGAAUGCACAGUCAGCACGCGGCACUAUGAAGGUGAAGAAGAAUUUGGUGGUUAGUGGACUGGGGAAGACACAUCAGGUGUACAAAUAUGUGGGUACUGAUGGAUGCUACUUCAGGGAUGUGAGCAGUAAGAAUUACACUAUAAUUUCUGACAACUCUGGUGAUUCUUGCUCAAAGGGAUCGCCAUCUAGUGGUGUCAAAUUCUCCUCCAAUAAAAAUCAACCAGCUAGGAAAAGGUUGCUGAAACUGUAACUUGGAAUUAAGGUGGGCAACUGAAUUAUCUAUUGUUCAGUUUACUUACUUUGUCUCUUCACUCGAGAUUUGUUAGGUUAGAUUAUCGUUCAUGUACUAGGUAAGAAUAUAUGUUUGGAAUUAUCUCUACAAGCAUCCCACUUUGUAAGUCUUCUAGUAGAAGACAACUUUCUCUUCUGGAAUGUAUAUAAAUCAAUAAAAGUGGCGCUUGGGUUUCAAAA